CUAAGCCGAGAAGGCAGUGAGCAAGGGGCCUAGCCAUAAAGCCGUCGGUUGGAGAUAGCGUGAUGCGCCCAGUACUUGUUAUUUUAGGGUUUAACGCAUACAUCCAGAAAUACCCUUCUUGGAAAUCAAGAUUUUAAGAGGUCACCAAGACAGCUUCCCCUCUGCUCCCCUCCGAAAAAGCAAAAGCAAACAGUUUCUUUAGGGUUUACAACCGGUCUCUCUUUGCAGAUCCGUUCUGUAUUGUUACAGCAACAGAUUCAUAAAAAAUGAGGAAGCUUAAGUUUCACGAGAAAAAGCUGCUCAAGAAAGUAAAUUUCUUGGACUGGAAAAGAGAGAACAACCAUAGAGAAGCCCAUGUUAUGCAACGUUACCACAUCGUUGAACGCGACGAUUACAAGAAGUAUUCUAGUGUGUGCCGGAUGGUGCAGAAGCUGACAAAUAUACUGAAGCAGAUGGACCCUAGAGACCCUUUUCGUGUUGAAAUGACUGACGUGCUUUUGGAGAAGCUCUACAACAUGGGUGUUAUACCGAGCAGGAAAAGCCUGGCGUUGUGUGAUCGCUUGUCGGUGUCAUCCUUUUGCAGACGUAGGCUUUCAACUGUUUUGAUGAGAUUGAAGUUUGCCGAACACUUGAAAGAAGCUGUAACAUACAUCGAGCAGGGGCAUAUUCGUGUAGGUCCUGAGACAGUUACCGACCCAGCAUUCCUAGUAACGAGGAACACGGAAGACUUUGUUACUUGGGUAGAUACAUCCAAGAUAAAGAGAAAGGUGCUUGAAUAUAACGAGAAGGUGGAUGAUUAUGAUGCAAUGAACUGAGAGAGCCAUGAAAUUGCUGCGCAAUUUUUUUUAUAAUGUCUUGUGUCUCUGGGUUUAAAUGCUGGGCAUACAUGAUUACAGCAUGGUGCAAGGCUUAUAUCUCAGAGCUACUUUUACUCUAGUGCUAAGAUCAAGAAUUUCUGGUGUUACAAUUUACACUUAUUUUGUGCUUGUGAAAUCUUAUUAGCGACCUUCUCUCCUUA